GUAUGUAUAUCAAAAGAGGCGUCUCUCUCUCUUUCUCUCUGUCUAUCCUAAAACCUAAAACAACAACACAAAGCUUCGCGUUUUAAAUCUAUCAAUGGGAAUUGUUAUGUUUAUGUUUUUAGUACGAUACAAGUGUCAGUUCGCGGAGGCUGCUUCUCCACAGCAACAUAAUCUCUAAUAUCAUCUCGAGCUCGGUCGUCGCGCCGGUCAUUUCAAAAUAAGCACGUGUCGCGUUCUCGUCUUGCUUCAUACACGAGCUCUCCUCCGAUCACAUACGUAUCUUUAUCGUCGAUAAUUAAUUAAUUUUUUUGGAUAAUUUUCGUCAAUUUUUACUCCUCCGAUAACUUCGUACGUAUCAAUGUUUCAAGCAAACCGGUUCAAUUUUUUCGUUACUUUCGUGUCAGUUUUGAUUUCAUCGAACAUUUCGAAAGCGUGAACAUUGAUUUAAUUUUUCUAAAAAUUUGUUUUUUCUGCCUUAAUUUUGCCAAACCGAUCACUCAAUGCAACUACCUGUAAUGUCGAUCAGCGCGUCCACGGACACCGGAGGACAACCGGUUACCAAAAAAAGGAAAAGGAAUCUUGAAAACGCUCCUUCUGAUUCGACAAACUACGAAGACCUUUGGUGGACUGAGAAAGUCAUCAGUGAUAUUCAAAACGAGUACCCUCCAGGAGAACUGAUUCGUACAGGGAAUCCUUAUUUUCUUUGCAGCGCUUUGCCUUCGCAUUGGAGAUCGAAUAAAACACUGCCUACAGCUUUCAAAGUAGUCGCUUUAGGAGAUGUACCGGAUGGUACUGUUGUCACCAUAAAGGCUGGAAAUGAUGAAAAUCCCUGCGCCGAAUUGAGGAACUCGACUGCGGUGAUGAAGAAUCAAGUGGCUAAAUUCAAUGAUCUCAGAUUUGUUGGCAGGAGUGGCAGAGGAAAAAGUUUCAAUUUAACGAUAAUAAUAAGCAGCAAUCCACCUCAAAUAGCAACUUAUAUGAAAGCCAUUAAAGUCACCGUCGAUGGUCCGAGAGAGCCGAGAUCAAAAACACGGCAAGCUCACCAAUACCGAGUGUUGGGUAUAGGACAACGUCCAUUCGUCGAUACGCCAUUCACGACGCAUUUAAGGGACCUGGAGCCGUACAAAAAAAUCAAAUCGGAGCCCUGUGCAAAUUCCGCCGUUACGAAUAAUAUUAAACCAAUGAACCAAAGUCAGCAAAUACCUCAAGAUGUUAAUAUGAAUCCCGGUAGCGUACCUGAAGCACCUUGGAAUAAUUAUAACGGAUGUUAUACCACGUGUCAAACGUAUACGCCGUACCAUAGCAGCGAACUAACUCCGAUCAAUUUGGAUCAUUCGACCAAUUCUCAUGCUGCUAUACCGGAACAUCAAGCCGGCGAUUACCCGUGUUUCGGCGGCGGUCGCAGUAGUCCAGAAGCGAGCAAUACGUUCACAUGUAAUACCCUGGCCAACGUAUCGAAUUCCCAUACGUCGUCGUCGUCGUCGCAUCAAUACCAAAGUACAACCAGUGCAGGACACCCACGUUACGAUACGUCUCCGUACCCAACUUCCGUCACCGGCUCAUCGAAUCCGACUUACUGGACGUCGUCCUACAACACCAAUACCAGCCAGCCGCCGCAAGCGAACAACUUUCAUCAUCAAAACUGCUAUCAAAACUAUUACGGUGUCAACGUACCGGCCGGUCCAAUUACACCUGCACCCGUGCAGAAUAAUCCUUACCUGAAUCCUGUACCUGUACCAGUACCUCCUCCGCCUCCGCCUUCUGCCGUCGCACCAGCCACAAUGAUGCUGUAUCCGCAUCUCUACUCGACGGUGAACCAAAAUCAAAUCCAUGUGCAUGUACAUCACAGCGAUCUGAAUAAAUCCGUAGAACAGUACGCGGACGAUGCGGCCACCGUAGUCGGAAGCAAUCAUUUAACCAUUACCGGAGCUUCGACCAGAAGCAUAGAGAUACCGAUACUGCCUCCGAGUAAUCAAACAGCUGUAGAAGAACAAAAUGAUAUCGUUAUACCUAGGUAUACAUCCAACGAUAGACAGCAAAGCAAUGAUUUACCAGUGUGGAGACCGUAUUAGCCAUCUACAACCUAUAAUAGCGUGUCGAAUUCAAACCUAGAAUUAUAUAAUUGAGUUUUUUCCCUUCGAAGUUCGAUUUUUAGGUUCUUCAUCGUCGUGAUACUCGUAUAGUUCGGUUCAUUCGGGCUGAUCGUCUGUGUACGAGUUAAAAUAGUUCAUACGUUAGUGAUUAGCGCCAUAGAAUUAGGUAUUACUCGUAUAAUCGUUUCUAUCUAAAGUUUACUCAUCUAUAGUGAUACGAUAUUCACUACAUAAAAGGGUAGCUUAACCGUGAACGAUUCACCUUUCUAUCGAAUCGAUCGUCCAUCAAAAUAACCAUAUUUCCGAUGCAAAUACCUUCUUCGUCGAUGUUGGUAUUAGUAAUAUACUGCGUGCGAUAAACGCGUAAAAACAUUGGAAUUCAUCGAUCACUACGGAAUCCUGUGAUUUUAGCCAACUUUUAUGACAAAUUCGUUUCCGGUCUGUGGGCCCAAUGAGUUAUCUAAGUACAGAUUGGAAAUAACAAGUUAAAUUUAAACAUCUAGUACAUACAAUUGGACAACUGGCGCCAUCGAAAAUCUUACUUUGUAAUCUAGCUUUCCCAGUUCGGAUUUCGGUGGUAUCUAUGUUCAUGUCGCCACUCGCCACACUUCAAUACAAUGUUGGUUCUUCUGUAUCCAAUUAUCAUCCGAGAUGUAUGGAAUUAUUUAGCACUGCUGAAUGAUGAACUGUCGAUUGAUACUCGGUAUUUAAGCUCAUUCUGACUUACUUUCAUGUUCGUUUUUUCUCAUUUUCUGAAAAAUUGUCGAUUAAAGAACGCAACAACACAUCAAGCAUGCUACUGUGCUACUGCUACUGAUAAAAAAAAACACCAAUGCCAACGUGACUGAUAACAGCUUUAUACAGGGUUGAACACGUUGAUGAAUCACGUUAUUGUUUUUUGUAGAUCAAAUCAAAUAUACCGGGUGUCCCAUUUCCCAUUAAUUAAAAAAUUUUCAAAAUUUUGUAAAAAUUAAAAUUUUACAAUUUCAUUUUUUAAAAUGAAAUUUUGAAUUGAAUACUCAAAAAUGAAAAAAAUAAAAAAAAUAAUUUAUACCAAUCAAAAAUUGGAAAUUAACUUAAUUAAGUUUCAUUAGGUAAGUAAAUUUUUUUUCAUGCUCAAUUUUAUUCAAAAAAAAAAAAAAACAACAUGAAGAAAUCAAAAAAUGCUUACAUACAGGGUGCCCAGAAAUAUCGAGUACCCUAAGAAAGUUUUUAACUAAAAAUAUAGGUUGGCAUUGGCAACGUGAAAUAGAUGCAUAUGAUUGGUGGAAUGUUAUCUCUCCAGUCCAACAACCAAUCAUGUGCUAUCAUUAUUAUCAUUCACUCUGACCAACCAAAGUAUUUUAGUAGAAAACUUUUUUAGGGGUACUUGAUAUUUCUGGGCACCCUGUACAAGUUACCUACAAAUUACAAUAGGUAUUUAUUAAAUUACCAAUGAAGAAUCUAUGUUUUUUUUUCAUCAAAAAAGGGCUAUCAAAACCAGGGCUUUAAACCAGUACCAGUGUUGGUUGUUCAAAAUUAAAAUGCAAUAAAAAAGCUUUUUAUGUUUGUUAGUUUUGCAAAAAAACACACCUUUUAAUUUUUUUACAAAAACAGGACCUUUAUCCAAUUUUUUGCAAAAAAUAGGACUUUUUUAUUCUUACCUUUGGAAAAAAUAGAACUUUUUUUGCAAUUUUCACAGGGAAGCAGAAUUUUUUGUAAUUUUGAAAAAAUUGGUAUAAAAAAUAAAAAGUCUUCUCUUCUUCAAGAAACAUUGUCUAAAACAGCUAUUCUGUUUUAAAUAUUGAGAAAAAAACAUUGGUGUUUAAAAUAUUUAAAACCGGUUAAAACAUGUAUUUUUUAAAAAAUAUUUUGACAUUUUUGACCAUAGAUAGAAAUUAUUGAAUUAUCAAGAACUUUCCUAAAAAUGAUUAAAUCACUUACCUACGUAUUUGAUAUCUGCACAUUGAGGGCAAGAUAUUUUUCGAAUUUUAUUUACAUUUCUUUGAUUGAACAAAAACAACAAAAUUAAACAAAGCUAUACAAAGUACCAAAAAAGUAUGAAAAAACCUAAAAAAAAAAAAAAACUGAAUCUAAAACCAUUGCACAUACAAAAAAAACGUAAAAACGUUUAAAACAAGUCAAAUUUUACAUUUGAAUUUAGGUUUAAAACAGAAAAAUUUGUUUUACACACCAAAAAAAAAAUUUUUUUUCAAUUUAAAACAACGUUAGGUCUAUUUAAAAAAAUCUAACCUUAAAAAAUGUUCAAAACGAAAAAAAAACUCAAAACUAAGAAGUUGUAUGGAUAUUUUUCGUUUUAAACAACGUCUGCUUUUUUCUUGGCGUUUGAAACACUAUUUUUUUUUAUGUUUUUUAAAACUUUUGAUGAUGUUUUAAACGGCCAACAGCCAACACUGUUUUUUUAAAAAGAAUUCUUCAAAAAAAAAUCCUUAUACCUAUUCAAAUUUGAGAAAGAGAAAAAAAACUAAAAAUUUAGAAAAAAACAUGUAUUUGUGCAACUUUUUUGAAAAACACAAUUUUGGCUUAGGCACAAAAAGAUUUUUUUACAAUUUUUUGACAUAGAACAAAAAAAAAUUUUGGAAUUUUUCACAAAAAACAAAACCUUUUUGCAAUUUUGACAAAAAAAUGAGUCAUUUUUUGCAUCUUUGACAAGAAUGAGCACAUUUGUAAAAAUUUCUACAAAAAAAAGGUUUCAUUGAAUUUGAAAAAAAAAUUGAAAAAUUCUGAAGAAGAAAAUGGUUUUUUUUGGCAAUUUUUUCCACAAUAAAAAACUUUUUUGUCAGUUUUGCAAAAAUGAAAAAACACACCUUUUUAACUUUUUUUUUACAAAAACAGGACCGUUUACAAUUUUUGCAAAAAAUAGUACUUUUUUAUUUAUAACUUUUGCAAAAAAUACAACUUUUUCUGACAUGAAAGCCUGUUUUUAGGAAAUAAUUUUUAAAAGAAGCAGAAUUGUUUGUAAUUUUGAAAAAAUGAGUGUAAACUGUAAAGUCUCUUCUCCAAGGAAUGUUUCAUUUCAAAUCAUCACUGAUAUGUAGUAUGUUUUUUGCUCAAGUAAACUCAAUGUUUGAAUAAUUUCAAGGCAACAGAAAAGUGUGGCUUAGUAGGUAAUAUUAGAAUGCUAUUUUUCAAUUUUUGACAUGAAUAGUACUUUUUUCCAAUUUUUAAAAAAAUAGGGGUCUAUUCAAUUUUGAAAAAAAAAAUCAAAAAACAUAGUUUUUUGUAGUUUUUCAAAAACCAGUUCUAUAUGACUCAGCCACUCCACCCAAGGUAAAAAUUUACGUAUUCAAUUAUUUUUUUCGACUGCCAUCUGCCAUCUCAUUAAAAAUCAAUUUGCAAAACUCAGAUUUUUUAGUUUUCACUCCUUUUCUGAAAAAUUUGAGAAUUUGGCUCCAUAUCCACUCCACAGAGAUCUCUUCUGUACUAUCAACAAAAUAAUCCCCCCCAACCCCCCUUCUCUAUGCAGAUAUUUAGUCUAAAAAGAUUCCA